AUGACAGCCAGAGCCCCGCGCCUGAUGCCCCUGAUGCUGCUGCUGCUGCCGCUGCAGGUGUGCUCAGUGCCGGCCCCUGUGCGCGGCCUCGGGCCCCUGAAGGAUUUACCGCGGGGUCCCGUCUCUGCACCGCAUAAGAAAGCGCCGCAGUUCAUGCUGGAUCUGUUUAACGCUGUGUCCCGUGAGAAGGGGGCCCCCAGGAACCAGAAGGACAUUCUGGAUGGAAACAUCGUCCGCAGCUUUGAGGAUAAAGGUCAUGCUGGCGAGAGAUUUCACUUUUUCAAUCUCUCGUCUUUCGGCAAAGAUGAAAGGAUGAAUAAAGCUGAAUUCCGUUGGUUUAGGAAGAAGCAAAAGUUGUUCAUGGGCAAAGCACACGGGCCGCAUUUCUACAAGGUGGAUCUGUACGAGGUUCUGGACAGCAGAGUGAAGCCGUGGAGAGGAAACCUGAUCAGCACCAGACUGCUGCCUCUGUACACACAGGGCUGGGAGGUCUUCAACGUCACCCAAGUGGUGUCCAAAUGGAUCAGCAACAGUGAGGAGAACAAUGGCAUCUUGGUGGUGACCACGUUCCCCACUGGAGACUGGAUGGAUCCAUCUGUGGGCUCCUCCCUCAAGGACCACCCUCAGGGGCCCGAGACCAACGUUAUCUGCCUCAAACUCGAACUCACCGUAAACAACCUGCUCUUUCCAGACUUAGCCAAAGAUGCAAUGGCAAAUUCAGAACAGCAGCGGCAGCACAGCAGGCACCGGCGGGCUGCUCUGGAGGGCCCCCACACGGCGGCGCACACCUGCCAGCGGGUGCCGCUCUUCGUGGACUUCGAGGAGAUCGGCUGGUCCGGCUGGAUCAUCUCCCCCAGAGGGUACAACGCCCACCACUGCAGAGGCUCCUGUCCCUUCCCUCUGGGGGGCAGCCUCCGGGCCACUAACCACGCCACGGUGCGGUCCAUCAUGCAUGCCCUGAAGCUGUCCAGUGAGGAGGUGGGCGCCCCCUGCUGUGUGCCGGACAAACUGCAGUCCAUCAGCCUGCUCUACUUCGACGACGACGAGAACGUGGUGCUGAAGCAGUACGACGACAUGGUGGCUCUGAGCUGCGCCUGCCACUGA